ACCCACAUGUCUUCUUUCGCUAUGGCCUACACUCAAUGACAACGUUGUUGAUCUCAUAAUAUAUGCGUUCACCAUCAUGAUUUGCUCAUGCUCUUAACCAUUGCAUGCCUUCCGAUUGCAUCCAUGAGGUAGCUGGUGGUAUUUAGUGAAAGUGAACUAUGAAUUUCCAUAUCUUUGUUAUUUCGUGGGCAUUCUUAGUGGCCUAGGCUUUAUAGAUGUGUCUAGACUCAGUAGACAUUGCAUCAGCUCUUAUGUUGAUGGAUCAAAGACUAGAUAUAAACAUGUGAUUGAUGGAAUAGGCUCUUCCUAGGGCGAUGAAUAUCAAUUUUAGGGAAAGUGAACUGUGAAUUUCCAUGUUUAUUGACUGACAUCCUGUGUUUGUGUUUGUUGUCAGUUUCUACGAAAAAGAGAUAUUUCUGGUAAUCCAAACUCUUGUUAUUUUUCAGGUUGUCUAUAUGCAGUCAACCUAUCCCAUGCAAGCCUCCACCUUCAGGCUGUGAGGCAGUUGGAGUGGUGACAGAUGUGGGACCUGGACUGACUGGCAUGAAAGUGGGGGAUGUCGUUGCUUAUGCGGGAAACCCAAUGGGAUCUUACACUCAAGAACGGAUCCUUCCUGCGAGUGUUGCAGUACCUGUUCCACCUUCUAUUGAUCCACUUGUUGCAGUAUCCAUCAUGCUUAAGGGUUGAACCCAAGCACACUGUCCUUGUCCAUGCAGCAGCUAGAGGUGUUGGGUCUCUACUCUGCCAUUGGGCACAUGCUUUUGGUGCCACUGUCAUUGGAAUAGUGUCAACCGAAGCCAAAGCAGCUCAAGCGGCUGAGGAUGGAUGCCACCGUGUCAUAAUCUACAACAAAGAGGACUUCGUCAGCAGGGUUGAUGAGAUAACAUUCGGCGAAGGAGUCAACGUCGUCUAUGAUUCUAUUGAGAAAGACACAUUCCAGGUGAAAUGUUUUAUCACAAAAAGUUGAAGCCGUGUUUGGAAGUAUCUUAGGACAUUGGUUUUUGGUGGGGUUGAUUUCCUCCUAUAGAAGAUUUUGUUCAUUUCAAUACUACUACUUGAUUGAACACGAUAUGCCCAUUUAAGUUUCUUUUUUCUAACCGCCCCAAAUGCUCAGUCAAUUCAAAAUAUAGGCACCCAUGAAUGGAAUCAAUCCAAAUUUUUAGGUUACUUCCAAACAUUACCUUGUGCGAUUUGUAAGUGUUUUUAUUGUAAGGCUUUUCUCAUGUGUUUAAAAUUGUAUA